AUGAAGUUAAGGGAUUUUUUUUCCAGGAACCAUGCCUAUCUUUGCUAUGAAGGUGAAUUCAGUGAAGAACGAUUUGCUGAGGCUUUAAUCAUGUUUGUCAAAGCGACCGAUGCGUUCAACGCUGCGCCAUUGUUCGUCGGUGAAGAAAUUCUCAUCGCGGAGGUUGAAAAGUUUGUCAACGCACAUAUUCCCCAAAUACAGUGUAAAGUCAACCCUACACACAUGUUCUAUAUGACCGAAGCUCAGAUGGAAAUGGUUGCACGGCUACCACUACCACCACUACCUGAAGGCUAUAUUCUCGGCUCAGCAAACCCAGAUUUCGACGCUGAGCUGAUCAGUACGCACUGGAUACAUGCGAAUAGUGAUGAAAUUGAAGAGACGAGGUCCAAGCUGACUGCUUUCCCUUCAAGCUGUGUUCGAUACGAAGACCAAGUAGUGGCAUUUGAAAUGAUUUCACAGGCAGGACAACUCAAUGCACUUUAUGUGAUGGAAGAACACCGAGGAAAAGGUCUUGGUCGGAUCGUCGAGUUGGACCUUUGCCAAAAAAUAAUACGGUAA